CCUUUUGGGGGGUUAUUUUUACACGCUAAAUUCCUCUUCUCAUCCUUAAAUCACCCCCUCCAUCUUCCAAAUUCUACAACUCCCUCUAAAUUUUCACAUUCUUUUUUGGAAAAUUCUACUUUUACUCCUUUCUGUUUCUUCUAUUGUGGUUUUCUUGAGGAACUGAACAUUGUUCUUUAGGAAAUAGAACUCUCUUGGUGUUUCUUUGUGCCUUUACCUCAAAAUUUAAAACCCCAACUGGGUGUUUUUAAGAUCUCAGAAUUUUCUGAGUUAGUUUUUGGAGUUGUUGAAAGAUUCAAAAGGAACCCCACUUGCUGUUUUCUUGAUAUAUUUGUGUUACCUUUGUCAAAAUUAAAUUUUGAUUGCUUUUUACUAGUGUUUUGGUCAAAUUCUUUGACCCUUUUGGGUGGAGAUAAGGAGGGUCAAAACUGUUAGCUUUGUUCUUAUUGAUUAGUUGCAUAAAGCUAAGAUUUUGAGCUUCAAAAGUUGGGUUUUUGAAGGUAUUUUUCAUGGGAAAUUGUUGUGCAGUACCAAGUACUACUGAUAUAGAUGAGCAAAAAAGGGGAAAAAAUAAGCCAAAUCCAUUUUCUACACAUAAUCAUGGAAAUGGUGGGUACAACUCCUAUGUAUUGGAAAAUCCAACAGGUCAUGAUAUUGAGACCACAUAUGAACUAGGACGUGAGCUUGGCAGAGGUGAAUUUGGGGUUACAUAUUUAUGUACUGAGAAAGCUACAGGUGAAUUUUAUGCUUGUAAAUCAAUAUCCAAGAAGAAGCUAAGGACUAGAAUAGAUAUUGAGGAUGUAAGGAGAGAGGUCGAGAUUAUGAAGAAUUUGCCUCAGCAUCCUAAUAUUGUUACCUUAAAGGAUACUUAUGAGGAUGAUAUUGCAGUUCAUUUAGUGAUGGAGUUGUGUGAGGGUGGUGAGCUCUUUGAUCGGAUUGUCGCGAGGGGGCAUUAUACUGAGAGGGCUGCUGCAGCUGUGACUCGUACUAUUGUCGAAGUAAUUCAGAUGUGCCAUAAGCAUGGCGUCAUGCAUCGGGAUCUCAAACCUGAAAAUUUCUUGUUUGGAAACAAGAAGGAAACAGCACCAUUGAAGGCAAUUGAUUUUGGGCUCUCAGUAUUCUUUAAGCCUGGAGAGAGAUUUAAUGAGAUUGUGGGAAGUCCCUAUUACAUGGCUCCUGAGGUGUUGAAGAGAAACUAUGGUCCAGAAGUAGAUGUAUGGAGUGCUGGAGUCAUUCUUUACAUCUUGCUAUGUGGUGUCCCACCCUUUUGGGCAGAAACUGAACAAGGAGUUGCUCAAGCGAUCAUUCGAUCUGUUGUGGAUUUUAGAAGAGAUCCUUGGCCAAAGGUCUCUGAUAAUGCAAAAGACCUUGUGAAGAAGAUGCUCAACCCUGACCCGAGCAAGAGGCUUACUGCUCAGGAAGUGCUAGACCAUCCUUGGAUACAAAAUGCUAAAAAGGCGCCAAAUGUUUCUCUUGGUGAAACAGUGAAAGCAAGGCUCAAGCAAUUUUCUAUGAUGAACAAGCUAAAGAAAAGAGCUUUAAGGGUUAUUGCUGAGCAUUUGUCUGUGGAGGAGGUGGCUGGAAUAAAGGAGGGAUUCAAAUUGAUGGACAUAGGAAACAAAGGGAAGAUUGACAUGAAUGAGUUGAAAGUUGGAUUACAGAAGCUCGGACAUCAAGUCCCUGAUACUGACGUACAAAUUCUAAUGGAUGCUGGCGAUGUUGAUAAAGAUGGAUAUCUGGACUAUGGGGAGUUCGUGGCAAUCUCCGUCCACCUUAGGAAGAUGGGCAAUGAUGAGCACUUGGAGAAGGCAUUUGAAUUUUUUGAUAAGAACCAAACUGGAUAUAUAGAGAUUGACGAGUUAAGGGAGGCAUUAUCUGACGAGAUUGAAACCAACAGUGAAGAAGUUAUUAGUACAAUUAUGCAAGACGUGGACACGGACAAGGACGGACGCAUCAGUUUUGAGGAGUUCACUGCGAUGAUGAAGGCUGGUACAGAUUGGAGAAAGGCAUCACGACAGUAUUCACGAGAAAGAUAUAAUAGUCUCAGCUUGAAAUUGAUGAGCGAUGGAUCCUUAAAAGGGAACAACGAGAGUAGAUAGCUUGAGAAAGAGCAAAAUCCUUGGCUCGGAGUAGUAAGAAAUUUUAAACGUAAAAGCUCAUCUUUUGGCUUUUCAACAUUCUUUUUAACUUUGAUUUUUCCCACCUUUUGUUGUUUGUCUGAGCCCCCUUCAUGGUGGGGGUCAAUGGAUGCCAGGUCCCCAGUAUUUUGUUCCUUUAAGUUGCAAUUAUAUUGUUUAUUUCUUCUUUUGUUUGUUUGGAAGGUUGAAGAAAUGUGUAUGCAGUAUAGGAAGGUGAUUAUUUUCUGGUUGUAAAUAGUCUGUAAUGUACACUUUCAAUUAUUCAGUAAUGAAAAAUCAAUUACUAUUUGAGUAUGUCA